AUGUCGGAUCCCAAGAAAGCUGCCCGUGACCAGACGGCUUACCAGCUAAAUCUUGCAGCCUCCUCUGCGCAGUCCCUCAAAAUACAAGGGGAAGAAUCUGCCAGAAAAAGGGGAAAGUCUUUUGAACCACAGCAGAUUAGAAUUCCCAACCCGGAAGAGGAGAAAAGGAUGAAUAAUGCGGCUGAGGAAUCACUGGAGAAGAGGAAUCAUGUCACUGAGAACAUUGCCAAGUCAUACAGGGAGAGCAGCUCUUCCUGA